AUGUUAAUUGAUAUUUAUAUAUUUAGGAAAAAAACUAUAGCAUCAACAUUAUUGUCAAAUAGUUCAUCACCAACAACAGUAGUCGUUGAACAACAUCAUCGCUAUUUUCCUUCUACUUCGUCUACAAUACCCUCCUGUUCGGUGCUGAUUUUUUCAGUUGCCGAUAUUCUUUUUCGAUUUACAGAGGGUUUUGUUGGUCAAGUUGAAGAAGUGCAUAAGUAUUGUUUCCGUAAAAUUAUGAGCUCACGUCAUUCAAAUCAAGAAAACUCAUCAAUUUACGAAAGUAAUCGAUCACGCCGUCAACAACCAACACCUUCAAAUAUACCUUCCAAUCAACAAGAACCAUUGAAUUCAUCUCCUUCACAUAGUGAUCAAGCCUCAAAAGCCUGUUGUUUUUGUUGGUGUUGCUGUUGUUCCUGUUCGUGAUGGAUUAUGGAAUCCGAACAGUAUCCGUCAUCAUUUUUGUCACAUCAACAUGACUUUUCAAGUCUAGUUUCGUGGCCAUAUUAUUGGCAUCCAGAAUCAUUUAACAUAACAACAAAUCAUAUUUCAAUAUCUCCUAAUUCAAAACUUUUCAAUAAACAAAUGACUCAAGUUGUACCAGAACAUGUGGCGCGUGCCAAACUCAGUGGUAAUAUAAAUAAUAAUAAUAAUAAUGAUAAUAAUAUUCGAAAAGAAACUAAUGGUACAUAUAAAACUCGAAGACAACGUUCAGUACCUGCUACAUCAAGUACAAUAUCUGUCACAUGUGAUACAGAUACAUCUCAACGAUCUUAUAAUACUUGUCAUCGACAAUCAUCAUCAUCAUCAGCAUCAUCAUCAGUAUCAGCAUCAAAAAAAUCCAUGAUGUCAAAAAAUAAUUUAACUGUAUCACAUUCAUCAUCAGCUUUAAUGAAUAUAAAUGUUCAUUCUCCUACAACAUUAUUUCGUAAUGAUCGUCGAUAUAAAUCAAAUGAUAAUAAUAGUUCAUCAUCAAUAUCAAGUAGUUUAACAACAACAUCAGGAAUAAAUAUUGUACAUGAUAAAUCAACAUUAACAUCAUCUAUAUCAACAAUAUCAAUAUCAAAUAAAAAUUUAUUAAAAACAACAGAUAUUGAAUGUACAAAUAUUUCUAUUGGUAGUGAAAUAAAUAAUUCAACUAAAAAUCUUUCAACUAGACAUAAAUCAACAUCAUUUGAUGAUGAUCGUCAUCAUCAUCAACAACAACAACAACAACAUCGUCAUAGUCAUAAUCAAUUGCGUACAAAUCAAAAUCGUAGAAUCGGAAAAAGUGUUCUUGAACAUCUUGUUUUUGUCUUUCCUGAAAAUGUUCGAAGAAUGCUUACGGGAACAAAAAAUUUAACCGUGCGCACUGACGAUACCCCUCCACCAGCUGAACCUAUUGAUCUAGGAGAACCACCAUCCGUUGAAGAAUUAAAAAGUUGGGCAGAAUCCUUUGAUAAAUUAAUGCUUAGUCCUGCUGGUCGCCGUUAUUUUCGUGAUUUUUUACGAUCAGAAUAUAGUGAAGAAAAUUUUCUAUUUUGGAUGUCUUGUGAAUCGUUGAAAAACGAGCAAAAUCCUGAGAUAAUCGAAGAAAAAGCACGAUUAAUCUAUGAAGAUUAUAUAUCAAUAUUAUCUCCGAAAGAGGUAAGUUUAGAUAGUCGAGUACGUGAAGUAAUCAAUAAAAAUAUGGUUGAACCAUCACCACAUACAUUCGAUGAAGCCCAAUUACAAAUAUAUACUUUAAUGCAUCGUGACUCCUAUCCACGUUUUAUUAAUUCACAAAUGUACCGGCGACUACUACGUAAUGAAGGCACAAACACUUGA